AUGAAGCGACCAGCCAGCACCAGCAAUUCUUUCAUCUCAAACUACCCUUUAGUUGAUGACAUCUAUGAUGUAGUCCCCCUUCCCUUCACCCAGAAGAUCCCAGUUCAACCUAACCAGCCAGUCAUUCCAAACGCAUUAAGAAUGGUCCGAAUUGUGGGAGGCAGUGCACCUUCCUUCCCAACUGCUACUCAUUGCUUCACCAUACCCGGUCGGACUUUAGAGGACGCCCAAGCCUUUGUCACUGCAAUGCAGGCAACGGUCUAUUGGAGCUCCUCACGACCCCGGUCUAACAUUGAGCGUCUGGCUGCCCCCUCCGACAAGAAAGGCCGACCAAUUGAGUAUUCUUUUCGGCUUGAUUACAAAUGCCCUCAAACCGGCAUUCACAAGGCAGUUCCGAACUCACGGAAGAAACGAGCUGUUUCCAAAAAAUGUGGCUGCACAAGCAAGUUCAGCAUUUACCAUCACCUCAAAAGCGACUCCCUCCGAGUCGAAUGGCAAUGGAAACACAAUCACAACCCUUUCUCAGCAGAAGAGAUGAAGCGGAACCGUGUACCCAAGAUGGUGGAAGAUUGGCUUACUGAAAGGGUAAUCUCAGGGCUCGGUUGGAAAGCGAUUCACAAGCUGAUGUACAGCCCUGACAUAUUUGCUAUGGGUGAUCCCAGUGUUAGGGCCGAGGCAAGGUACAUCAAGUACGAUCACGUUCGACAACUCAUCCUCGCCAUGCGGAUGAAACAACAACUCCUCGACCACGGAUGGGGAAUGCUUAUUUUGGAUAGCACUCACAACUCGGUCGAUAACAGAUCACUCUCCAAAGGCCAAAAGUUCAGCUUGUACACAUUUGUUAUCCGUGACCCAAUUGUUGGAAAAGGCCUGCCAGUCUGUUGGGCAUUCACAGCAUCUGCAGCAUCGGAACCAAUCGAAGCAGUCAUGAAAUGGCUUCGGAGUUCAACCGGAAUUGUACCCUGUGCCAUCAUGAGCGACUGUGCUCUUGCGAUCAAGAAGGGGGUCUCCAACGCAUACACAGACCUCGACGAGGCGGUGAAAGAGUUCCAACACAUUAUCUACAGUCAGAAUCCGGAACACUCCUUAAUGUCAUUUUACGCCAAAUGGUCCUUGAGUGGUGAUCUCAUUUUCUUGUCCGAGGGGUGCUCGGACCUGUCAUGCUCGAGGGGUGUCCCGGUCCGAGCUGAACUGGGAUCCAAUUGUGAACGUCCGAUGAGUUGGUCCGAGCGGAUUACCGGGUCGGACCCGGCUGGCUCGAUUAGUAAGCUAGAUCGAGCCAGCUGGUUCCGACCAAACAUCGGAGCUGGUCCGAGCAGUGUGGCUCAUCGGACCCGCUGA